UUUGGCAUGGAUUUGGCUUUGACCCGCAGAUAAGGCCCCGUUCUUUCAGUUGCUUUCUUACACACAUUUUACAGACCACAGGAGUCUCUUAUGUCCUACACGAAACAACACUCAUCGCAACUCACUGAUAAUAAAUGACAUGUUUUUAUCCUUUGAUGUCUUGUGUGGAUUUCUUUCUACCACUCAAUACGAUUACCCCAUUUGUGUCCGUUAUUAGGAGAAAAACUUAACUGGCAAAUCCUCCAUUUGGACACUCUUUUUCAGUUUCUGUUCACUACCCAGUUGAUGAUUAGCUGUUGUUUUUAUCGUUAAUGGGAGUUUAAGCUCGAUUUUCUCUCUGGGUUUUGAAAUCUGGUGGCUUUUUUGGCUGCUUGGCUUCUGGGAUUGCUGUUGAGAAUCAUGUCAAUGACGUGCCGCAAUGUUGAUUUUGGAAGAAGUGUGCUUGAUUUGGUGGCUUGUGGGUGUUCUUCCAGCGUAUCCAUUGAUAGGUCUUGGGUUAGAAGUUAUGCAAAGAGUGUUUCUAGGAGAAGUACUAGACACUUUGGUGCCCAAAGAUUGGUCUUUUGCAAGCACAACCUUGCUCGGUGUCGUGUUUAUUCCACUAAAACACCUGAAACUUUGCUUAAUGGAGUGAGUCAAGGUCCUCCACCAGUUCUGGAUUUGAAGAAAGAGGCAAGAAGUCCGGUUUCACUGGCAAAUUUAUUUGAAGUGGUUGCUGAUGACCUCCGGACUCUCAAUCAAAAUCUCCAGUCGAUUGUUGGUGCAGAAAACCCAGUUCUUAUGUCUGCAGCUGAGCAAAUCUUUGGUGCUGGUGGUAAGCGGAUGAGACCGGCUUUGGUGUUCCUAGUGUCGAGAGCAACAGCAGAAAUGGUUGGAUUGAAAGAACUUACUGCAGAGCACCGUCGAUUAGCCGAGAUCAUUGAGAUGAUCCAUACUGCAAGCUUAAUACACGAUGAUGUAUUAGAUGAAAGUGACAUGAGAAGAGGGAAGGAAACCGUUCACCAACUAUAUGGCACAAGAGUAGCAGUACUGGCUGGGGACUUCAUGUUUGCUCAGUCUUCGUGGUACCUAGCAAAUCUUGAAAAUAUUGAAGUUAUUAAGCUCAUCAGUCAGGUUAUUAAAGAUUUUGCAAGUGGUGAAAUAAAGCAAGUGUCUAGUUUGUUUGACUGUGACGUUGAACUCGAAGAGUAUCUGCUCAAGAGCUACUGUAAAACAGCCUCCUUAAUUGCUGCUAGUACCAAGGGAGCUGCUAUUUUUAGUGGGGUUGAUGGUAGUUUGUCAAGUCAAAUGUAUGAAUAUGGUAAAAAUCUCGGUCUGUCCUUCCAAGUAGUUGACGAUAUAUUGGAUUUCACUCAGUCAGCAGAACAGCUGGGGAAGCCAGCGGGCGGUGAUCUGGCAAAAGGGAACCUGACUGCACCUGUAAUUUUUGCUCUAGAGAAAGAGCCAAAACUGAGAGAGAUUAUUGAAUCUGAAUUUUGUGAGAUGGGUUCUCUUGAAGAAGCCAUUGAAUUGGUAAAGACCUGUGGAGGCAUUGAGAGAGCACAAGAAUUAGCAAAAGAGAAGGCUGAUCUUGCCAUCCAGAAUCUGCUGAGUCUUCCUCGAAGUGCCUUUCGAUCAGGCCUUGAGGAAAUGGUGUUGUUUAAUCUCGAACGAAUCAAUUAGUUUAAAGCAUUUUAUAGGACAAAGUACCUCCCAAUAGAAAGCCAUCUCUACUAGUAUGAAAUGCACUCCUCCUGAACCUCACUGGGUUACAUGAAGACGAGCUGCUCAUAAUAUUGUUUGUUCAGGCUCACAUUUUUUAUUUGGAUAAAAGAAAAGUAAUUUACAGCCAUUGAUGUACAAUAAAGUUUCCAAGAUCAUCAAUAAUGUCAUGUUAUUCUUCCUGUAAGCAUCUGAUUUCAGUGAAAUAAUUUUACACUCUAUGGUUCUAGCUCA